ACGCCGCCCAGGGAGACAUGGCUCGACAUCGACCUUGAGCCUUCAGGAAUCGCAGCCUCGCCUUCUCUGGACUUGAGACGCAUCAGCCAUGGGACGCAAAAGUGGCAGGAGUCUGAACCCAGCGGACCAGUACCGCAAGGAGCAGCACAAAAAGGAGAUCAAGAAGAACAAACAAGACCGCAAGAAGGUCCGCGAGGUGAACUCUUUGCUUAGAGACACUACCACAGAAUCUGAAUUGGCGGAAUAUGAAGAACUGGAAAAGAAAGGAAAACUUGACAAGGAUGGAGCCAAGAAACUAGCCGAGCUGAGGGAUAAAAUGGCCAAGAUCAUUGGUACCAAGAAGGCGCACGGAAUCAAGAUAAAACCUAAGAAGGCCGAGCUUGAACAGCCAGUGCCGGUGACAGAACCAACACGGGACCCCACGCGAUCAAUCUACUAUGACCCAAUUCUGAACCCAUUCGGAGCACCUCCUCCAGGCCAGCCCUAUCUGGAAUACCCCCCGUUUCCAUCAGAUAUUUCUGCAGGCAUGGAAGCAGCACCGGGAGGUUCUCAACAGCAUCAGGAAGAAGCUGAGUCUGAGUCUGGGUCUGAUUCAGAGGACUCGGACUCAGACUCGGACUCGGACUCAGACUCGGACUCGUCAACUACUGGGUCAGAGUCAGAGGAUGUCGAUGAGGAGAAUUACAUGCCACCUCUUCCACAAGGACCAGCACCAGCAAAAGAGGACCAGGCGAGAUACCUCGAAUCCACAAAACCAAAAACUAUUGCUCCUCCACGGAUACAGCAGCCACAGCAACAUUGGCGACCCAUGCAAGGGCCUCCGGGAAUACAUCCUCAGGGCAUGCCCCAUCCAGGAAUACAAGGACCACCAGGAGGACCAGUAAACCUAUAUGGUAUGCACUGUAUUUUAUAUUUGGCAUCGCUCUCCAUCUUGGAACACUCUAUUAAGCAUAUCGACUCUUGGGGUUAUUUACCAUGGAAUAGGGCCUCCUAUCGGGUUUCAACCGCCACUAGGAAAUAUAUAUCCACCACCAAGACCAGGAAUGGGACCACCGCCCAUGGGCUAUGUCCCUCAGCCAAUACAGAAUGCACCAGGAUUUGGCCCGCCCCUAGCAGGAUUUGGUCCGCCUGGAUAUGGUCCUCCAGGAGCGCACAGUAGAUCUGGUGGGCCUGGUGGAUUUGAUCCAGGAGUUUAUCCAGGAAGGACACCUCAUGCACGACCUAUGCGAUCUCCAU